UCCCAGGCUCAGUUUUUUCAUUUGCGCCAUUUUGUCCGCUCACUUUGUUGAUUGGGCUUUAGCGAGCUGUACUGGAGGCUGGAGCCAAUCAGAGGGAAACCGGACAGUGAAGAUACGGUUUUCAGAGAGAUUUUUGACAAAUAACAAGCCAUGGAGCAGUACACCACUGCCACCACUUCUACUGGGGAGCAAAUAGUUGUGCAGACUUCCAAUGGACAGAUCCAACAGCAGACACAGGGCACAGUGACGGCUGUGCAGCUGCAGACAGAGGCGCCAGUGGUGACGGCCUCAGGCCAGCAGGUGCAAACACUCCAGGUAGUCCAGGGACAGCCUCUGAUGGUCCAGGUGAGCGGCGGGCAGCUCAUCACAUCAUCAGGGCAACCCAUAAUGGUGCAGGCCAUGUCGGGGGGACAGGGUCAAACCAUAAUGCAGGUCCCUGUGUCUGGAGCUCAGGGGUUACAGCAGCGCCCCACAGACACCCGAGACGACUCAGGACGCAAAGUGGCCCUGGACCGAGCUUUUGAGCUUGGGACUAGUCACGCCACAACGCCCGUACGCGAGGCCCAUGUCUGUAGGGGACGAGUGAGCGCACAACGCACCGACGCACCCCAUUGGACGCACAGGCAUGGGAUAAAUCCGCCGUUACCCUACAAGAUGGUGCCUGGUGGUGGUGCAGUUCCUACAAUGCAGCGUAUCCCCCUGCCAGGGGCCGAGAUGCUGGAGGAGGAACCUCUGUACGUCAAUGCCAAACAGUACCACCGCAUCCUGAAGAGAAGACAGGCUAGAGCCAAGCUCGAGGCUGAGGGCAAGAUCCCCAAAGAAAGGAGGCAAAAAUACCUUCACGAGUCUCGCCACCGCCACGCCAUGCAGCGCAAGCGAGGCGAUGGAGGACGUUUCUUUUCACCUAAAGACAAGGAGGAAAUGGCUUUGGCUCUGGCACAGCAACAGCAGGAAGCGGCCCAGGCAGCAGGAGAGGAGACGGUGGCUCAGAUGAUCCGAGUCUCAUAGCACCGCCGCAACACUUCUGCCUGUGAACUCUGCGCUGCCUGAAACUCUUCAUCCCAGCUAACCUGAUCUGCCGCACCUUCUUCCCUCACUUUUACUCUCUCCUGCCUGAUUGUCAUAUGCCAAACGCCAGCGCCACCACUAGAUUUCUUCUGAUAUCUCUCCCUUCAUACACUGGUCUUCCAGGGAGUUGACUGUGUGGCUGCUUCUCUGAAAGGGAGGGUCCUUUCCUUCUCCGCCUAUCUGGUUUAGUGUUUAUAAACAGGUUUUCAUUUUCAUAAUGAUUUCUUCAGAUUACUGAAAAUGGAAGUUAUGGGUAACUAGGGCUAAUCACACUUCAAAUAACCUCUGUGAAGCCUUGUCGGACCCUGUUAACAAAUUCCUAUUUGCUACCAGUGAAUAAUUAUUGCUUUUAAAUAUUUUUUGUAAAUGGUACAGAUUUAUUUUCAGAGACACUCAUUAAGCAUGGCUUUAACCUUUUAUGUGAUGCCAUAUAUUUCCCUUUUUUUCAACCCAUUUACGGUGGGGGGCGGACUCGGCAUCAUAAGUCCAACCUGUUUCCACUGAGCAGAAAAUGAAAAGAGAACUAAUGUGAACAUAUUGUACAGAAAUUUGUUUUCCCCCCCUCCGUGUGUAUCUGGUGUACUAAUUAGUUUGCCCAUUUCUGUGGAUUCAUUUUAUACAGUUUGUGGUUAGACAGUGUCUGUAGAAACACAAUGACUAAAUGUUUAAUUACAUACACAUAAUAUCCAUGUAGUUACUUCCUUAUUGUUCUCAGUUGUUUUUUUUCAUUGUAGAUAAUAGAUUUUUUUUACCCAUCAAAUGCAGUACUGCAAUGUUUUGUUCUUUUUAUAAUUGAAAAAGGGUCAAAGAUUCAUGAAACCUAUGUCCAUUAAAUGUUAUUAAGUGACUCAAGGUUGUUUGUGGUUACUCCUUCAAUCCCAGUUUUGGCUAGUUAAGAAAUCCUAUGAAUUCUAUCCAUUGGCAUGCCGUAAAAGUUGUAUUUCAAUAUUUUGCUUUUGGGUAGUUUAAUCAACAUAAUAUAUAUUAUUUUUAGAAAUAGUGUGCUAGAAUUACGAAGUAGCCAGAAAUAUAAAUGCUCAAGUUAAGUACAAGUACUCAAACUAGUUUUAAGUACAGCACUGAUAAAUAUUGAAUUGAUAUUCUGAUUUAUUUAGACUACACCAAAUGGUAGAAACAUAGAAUAAAAACAGUAGUACAAAGGUAACCAGAAUAAUAAAUAUCUUAUCAAGUAAUUUGAAGAGAAUGAACAUUAUUUGACAAGCAUCUUGUUUACAAAAUAGACUUGGUUUAUCUGUCUGCAAAAAUGUUGUCAACAAUAAAUGUUUUCUACUCUCAGUCUAGGGAGGUUUUGGCUCAGUGGUACGUGCACUGAUCUUCGGAUCACGGGGGCACUGGUUCGAAUCCCGCUGCAGUCAACAUUCCGCUGUGUCCUUGGACAAGACACUUCAGCCUAAAUUGUUCAUGUGGGGAUUGCCCACAGUAUUGAAUGUAUGUAAGUCGCUUUGGAUAAAAGCGUCUAACAAGUAAGACAUGUAAUGUACCGAAUGUAACCAUGGUUAUUUGUUCACAUUCUAACAAACUGAUAUUUUUCCCCAAAAAAGUUAUUACAUAAAUGGCAAAACAUAUGAUUAUUUUCCAGAUCUUUUUAUCUUACUGCAUUUUUAUGAAUCUAGGUAUUAGAAACUCAAAAGUACAAAUAGCUUGGACAUGGCUCCUGUUUUUCACAAAGGAGACACUUUUCAAUGUUAGUCCCGUUUCGA